AUGCCGACCAUGAAGCCAGUGCAUCCCGAAGUGAUGCCAACCAAAGGUAGUGUGUCUCCGGCUCCGGCUCCUAUGCCGACUAUGAAGCCGGUACAUCCCGAAGUGAUGCCAACCAAAGGUAGUGUGUCUCCGGCUCCGGCUCCUAUGCCGACCAUGAAGCCGGUACAUCCCGAAGUGAUGCCGACGAAACCCCCGAUUUCAGAAGGGCUUAUGGUUCGGGAAUGCAAGAGAUCGAUACAGGCAGUUCCCUCAGGUUGGGAUCAAGUAUGCAAGUUCUUUUGCGAAGCCUACGCCCCGGAUGGUGACUUGACUUUGUGGUGUCCUACCGUAAGGACUUCUGAAGAUCUGGUCGAAUGUUUGGUGGAUCGCCAACCCUAUUGCGAAAUGAUCUUAGAGGAUGAACGGACCGACUUUAUUGUUCGGAUUGACGCAAGGCUAGAGCACGAGUAA